AGACGUUUCCCAGACGGCGCCAAAACAACGUGAAAGUGAUCAUAGUGAUCGGGAAGGCAGCAGACAGCAGUUCAUCUCUAAUACCAGUCCCCUUUUUCUCUAAGAUAGUAAAAACAGAGAACAACGAUGAACAUAACCGAGGUUGUGACGGCAUUCACUGAGAAUAUGACGUCAGAAUAUGAUUAUGGAGAAUCUUCCACAACUUUGGGUGAAUAUGAGGAUGUGUCAGUGUGUGACAGAUCAGCAGUGCGACAGUUUCGAAGCUACUAUGAACCUGCUUUCUAUUGGAUAAUUGUCAUUCUGGGAGCCAUUGGCAACUUUCUGGUGGUCUGGAUAUACACACACUUCGCAAACCGCUUGAAGGCUAUGACGGACGUUUAUCUACUGAACCUGGCUCUGGCUGAUAUGUUCUUCCUCUGCACUCUGCCCUUCUGGGCCGCCGAUUCCAUCUACGGCUGGACCUUUGGCUUGGCUCUCUGCAAAAUCGUCUCUGCCGUUUACAAAAUCAACUUCUUCAGCAGCAUGUUCUUACUUACCUGCAUCAGCGUCGACCGCUACAUUGUGAUCGUCCAGACUACCAAGGCUCAAAACUCCAAGAGGGUCCGUCUCUUGUACAGCAAGCUCAUUUGUGUGUUAGUCUGGAUCCUGGCGGCCUUGUUGUCCAUUCCAGAGUUUCUCUUCGCCCAAUCGAAAGAAGAUGGCGAUGGCAAUCACUUUUGCACCAUGGUCUACUCGAACAAUGAAAACAACCGUACUAAAAUACUGGUCCUGGUUCUCCAGAUCUGCAUGGGCUUCUGCAUCCCUCUCAUAGUGAUGAUCUUCUGCUAUACCAACAUCAUCCGCACCUUGCUCAAGACGAGAAACUUCCAGAAGCACAAGGCCCUGCGGGUCAUCAUGGCAGUCGUGGCGGUGUUCGUUAUCUCUCAGCUCCCGUACAAUGGCAUGUUGGUCUUGGAAGCCACUCAGGCAGCCAAUAUGACAAUUACAAACUGCGAAGAGGUCCAGCGCUUUGACAUCACCGGACAAGUUCUGAAGAGUCUCGCCUACAUGCACAGCUGCCUAAACCCGUUCCUAUACGUCUUCGUCGGAGUGCGUUUCCGAAAAGAUGUGAUUCGAAUUUUCUACAGUCUUGGCUGUCGUUCAACCGUGAAGAACUCCAAGGGGUUGUUGGGAAGCCAUCCCCGCCCAUCUGUCAUGUCGGACACAGAGACCACCAAUGCGCUGUCAUUGUGAGCAGGGUCAGAUCACUAUCAGUGAUGCUUGCUUAGCAAAACCUUCUGUUUUGCUGCAGGUGCUUGGCACCUGAGUUUCAAAACAGAAGUUCGAGGUUCAGUAAGAGCUCUUUGCAUGCUUGAAAACAGGCUGUCUGGCGGAGGGCUAAAGUAACCUGCUCACCACAAUGAGAUGGCUGCAACUUUGAAUAUUGGAUAACAAGAGUUCUCUCUGUUUGACUGGGCCUUUAAAAUGAAAGUCAAAUCCUGAUCAAAUACAUGUGUACUGUAUGAACAGAAAAACAGUGUUGCGGCAGGGACUGAUUUGCCCACUUAACUGUUAGAAUAUUUUCCAUCUAUUUUUCAGCAUUAAUUGUCCCAGUUUAUCAAAUGUUGUAACCUGAUUUGUCAUGUAUGUAUGAGAUUUGUAAGAGCACAUGAAUGAGCACUGAAAAGUGUUUUUAUCUGUCAAAAAAAUGUUUAUGAAUGUUAUUUUAUGAUGCUAUUUUGUUUUAUUUCAUUUUAAUUGCUGCAAAAGUAUAACUGUGAAUUUUUCUUCAAGAUUUAAAGCCAGUUUUGUACAGUCUGGGUUUUGUAUCUGUAUUGUUUUCAUUUUACACCAAACAUAAUGUGUAUAAAUAUUUGCUGCUCAUUUUGUAAAAUUUCAAAGAGUAUAUGCCAAUAAACCUUAAUAAGACUGAA